AUGCUAUCAUCCACAAAUGAUUCCCAGCGCUAUCGCCAUGGCUCAUUUGCCCCAGUUCGUGAAAGGUGUAAAGCUGUGUGGUAUGUGGACGGCAAAGACUACAUGUCUGCUGUGGCCGACGCUAUCAUGGCAGCCGAGACAGAAAUCAUGAUUACUGACUGGCAAAUGAAUCCUGAAAUCUUCAUGAAAAGACCUGAUUCUGGAGUUAAUAGUUUAGAAUGGCAACUGGACAACAUGCUGUUAAAAAAGGCUGACGAGGGUGUUAAAGUGAAAAUAUUAUUAUACAACGAAAUGAAAUUAGCCUUAGAUCUUGGAAGUGACCACGUUGUGAAACUGCUUGGAAAGCAUAAAAAUAUAGAGGUUCACUGCCAUCCUGAUCUUGUUACCGCAGCAUGGAAUUUGUUUCGGUGGAGUCAUCAUGAAAAGAUGGUCAUUGUUGAUCAUAGUAUUGCAUUUGUCGGAGGCAUUGAUCUCUGUUACGGUCGCUGGGAUACUCGCAACCAUGAAUUGAUGGAUAAUUAUCCUGUUCAUCCUGCUGUAGAUGGACGCGAAGCAUCAGAUGAUAAACCACACGAAUAUGCUCGGUGGAUCGGCAAGGAUUACAGAAAUACGUUUUACAACAAGGAAAAGCAAACGGACUGGGAGAAACCACUGGAGGGUUACGAGGGAGUUGAAAGAAAUACGAUUCCUCGCAUGCCUUGGCACGAUGUAGGCUGUGCAAUAAUUGGAGAAGCUGUACAAGAUGCUGUGCAACAUUUCACAGAUAGACACAACCCAUACAAUGCAACCCAUACGAAACCUUGGUGGCAAAGAUUUUUGGAUUUCGUUCGUCAAUACGUUCAGAGCACUGACCAAAUAAAGCAAUCUACCAAAAGCAAGAAUACCAAAGCAGAAGAAAUCGUGUCAAAUUCCGGUGGCUAUAACGUGAAAAUUCAACUCCUGAGAUCUGUGGACAACUGGUCAGCUGGUCAGAAACAUCAAUAUAUAACACUUAUAUAGUUGCGAUAAAGAAUGCUCAACACUUCAUUUAUAUAGAAAAUCAGUUCUUCAUUUCAUCGCAAAAAGGUUUACCACGAAAAGUUCAAAAUGAUAUCCAAGCAGCAUUGGUUGAAAGAAUUGUCCUUGCCCACAAAGCCAAGAAAGAUUUCCAUGUUAUGGUCGUGAUCCCUCUGAAACCCGAGUUCCCUGGUGAUUGGGACGCCGAUGAUUGGACCGGAGAAACUCUACGAACAGUGACAUUUUGGAAUCAAGCCACUAUCUACCAUGGAGAAGACUCGUUAUUUAGUAAGCUUGAGAGAGAAAAUAUACCGAAAGAAACUGCGAUGAAGUACUUCUCUGUGUAUAGCUUACGUACAUAUGACUUGAUUGGAAAACAUUUUGUUACUGAGAUCGUGUAUGUGCACAGUAAGAUCAUGAUCGUUGAUGAUCGUAAGGCAAUUAUUGGAUCUGCAAAUAUCAAUGAUCGCAGUAUGCUGGGAGACCGAGAUUCCGAAGUUGCAGUUAUGAUAGAAGAUUUAGAUUUCGUUGAUGGUAACAUGAACGGUAUAGGAUACAAGAUGGGAAAGUUUGCUCAUAGUUUGAGAUGUGAUCUACUUAAAGAGCAUUUAGGAUUGGUCGGUAAGAGCGAGGAUGAAUUUGACAUAAGAAUCAACGAUCCACUGGCCGAAAGUUUUAUUAAAGGUGUACAUGAUCGGGCAGAAACAAAUACUCGUAUGUUUCUAGAAGCAUUUGGUCAAGGUUUACUUCCAAGAGAGGAUGUGGAAGAUUUUGAAGCGUUUCAACGUUAUAAAGAUAUUCCUUUGCCUCGUGAAAAUACACCACAGGCUGAAAAGAUUCUGAAGCAGAUAAAAGGAACUCUAGUGAACCAUCCUGGAACAUUUCUGAUGGAAGAACUUGAACCUUCCAGAUUACUAUGUACUUCCCAAGUUGCUUAUCGUAAAUUAUUUGUCCACGAUAGCUACAAUGAAUGGAACGAUUAG